AUUUCCGUCGGCCGACGGCGUUCCGCUGAGUUGUUUCGCUCGUUUAACCUGGACCAUACCAACGUCCUCUGCCGGGGGUGACGAAGGGGGCUAGUGGCGGCGUAGUCGGCCAUGUGGAAUUUCCCUCCCCCCCCGGAAACAAAACACGGAACCGCUUUAUGUAUUAUUAUUUGAUUCUCAAGAGGUCGAAGAGGAGAAGAGAGGAGCUGCUGGGGGGUGGGCAAGGCGAGUGGAAAAUCCUCCCCGUCGAGGAAAGGGAAUAGUUCAGUCCCGAAGAUGGCGGCCACUAUGAAGAAAGCGGCGGUAGAAGAUGUCAAUGUAACUUUUGAAGAUCAACAGAAAAUCAACAAGUUUGCAAGAAACACCAGCAGAAUUACAGAACUGAAAGAAGAAAUAGAGGAUAAAAAGAAACAGCUUCAGAACUUGCAAGAUGCAUGUGAUGACCUCAUGAUGCUUGAUGACGAUUCACUACUGAUACCUUACCAGAUUGGAGAUGUCUUCAUUAGCCAUCCCCAAGAAGAAACAGAAGAGAUGCUGGAGGAAGCAAAGAAAAGCUUGCAGGAAGAAAUUGGCGCUUUGGAGUCACGAGUGGAAUCCAUCCAGAGAGUAUUAUCAGACCUUAAAGUCCAGCUGUAUGCAAAAUUUGGCAACAAUAUAAACCUCGAGGCAGAUGAUAAUUAAAUAUUGUAGAAAUCAUUUUUUUUUUGGACUCAUUAUUCUUCUCUUACAAUAAUGUUUUGAGAAGCCCAACCUGUUUGUCUGGUGUGGUUUUUUUUUAAAAAAAAUUACAUUCACUUGCUUGUUUCAUGUAUUUAAGGAGAGAGUUCCUAUUUUGCUAACAUAAUUAUUUAUAUAUGUUAAGUGAAUACAUCCACAUUCUGUUGGUGCAUUAUUAAGAUUAGGUGCUUAAAGGCUUAUUGAAAUAAUAAAAGUCAAACAAACCUA